UCCUCGGACGAAUUCCCCAUGCCCGGCCGGUGCCAGGUGUUGCCCUGCUCCCCGCUCCUCCUCCUCCUCUCCGCCCCAUGCCGUCCCUCCUCCCCCGGGAAAGCGAAAGCGCGGCGGGCGGAAGCCGAACUCUCCCCGCCGGGCCGGGCCGCCGGGCCGGGCCGGGGCCGCAACGGGACCGCUUCCCGCCGGGCCACCAUGGCUGCCAUCGGCAGCUUCUUGCGACGGAGCUUGCGGCGCGCCGGCCGCAGAGAAGGAAAAGAUGGGGCCUCUGAUGCAGAAAACACUCACCCACGGGUACCGCAGGGGAAGAUGGGGGAGCAGAGCUCGGCCUUCUACUCUGCUGGACAGUUCUUCUUCGAGUACCUGGUGGUGGUGUCACUGAAAAAGAUGCCAGAUGGACAUUAUGAACCCAAGAUAGCCUACCAGUUCCCAAAGCGCGAGAAUUUGCUGAAGGGCCAGAAGGAGGAAGAGGAGCGUCUUCUCCAAGCCAUCCCCCUCUUCUGCUUCCCCGAUGGCAACAACUGGGCACCUAUCACUGAGUUCACCAGUGAAACCUUUUCUUUUGUCCUGACAAACGUGGAUGGCAGCAGGAAGAUCGGCUACUGCAGGCGGCUGCUGCCAUCCGGCCGUGGUGUCCGGCUCCCUGAAGUUUUCUGCAUCAUCAGCUGCCUGGGCUGCUUUGGGCUCUUCUCCAAGAUCCUGGACGAGGUGGAGAAGAGGCGCCAGAUCUCCAUGGCAGUGAUCUACCCCUUCAUGCAGGGCCUUCGAGAAUCGCCCUUCCCAGCUCCAGGGAAAACUGUCACCAUCAAAAGCUUCAUCCCCGAGUCAGGCACAGAGCUCAUUGAGCUCACACGGCCUGUGGAUGCCCACCUGGAGCAUGUGGAGUUCCAGGCUCUGCUCCAGCGACUCAAUCCUCACCUCAUCCUGCACAUCUUCGCUUCUGCCAUGUUGGAGCGAAGGCUCAUUUUCCUAGCUGAGGAGCUGAGUGUCCUGUCUCAGUGUAUCCAUGCCGUGGCUGCUCUCCUGUACCCCUUCACCUGGGCUCACACCUACAUCCCCGUGGUCCCCGAGUGCCUGCUGGACACCGUGUGCUGCCCCACACCCUUCAUGGUUGGCAUCCAGAGGCGGCACCUGGAGCGUGUCCUGGAGCAGCCAAUGGAGGAGGCUCUGAUAGUUGAUCUCUGUGAAGGGAAGAUCAUCCGGGCGGUGGGUGAUGAGGAGGAGAUCCUGCCCAGGAAGCUGCAGAGCGAGAUGCUGGCAUCUCUGAACAGGCACAGCAACAACAACAACGUGCAUACCCUGGAGCAGGUGAACGCCCUGGUGUCAGAGGCCUUUGUGCACUUCUUUGUGCGGCUGGUUGGGCACUAUGCCUCCCACAUCAAGUGGGGCAGGAGUGGCUCCGGGAGCUUCCAGGAACGAGCCUUCUGCAAGGCCAUCGCCUCCAAGAGCUGCCGCAGACUCGUGAAGAAGUUUGUGAAGACCAAUAUGUUUUCCCUAUUUAUUGAGGAAGCAGAGAAGAGCAGGAUCCCACAGGAAGCAUAUUUCCAGCAGAAAAUAAUAGAGUACCAUGAACAGAAGAAGCACCAAAGGGACUCCUGAAGUCCAGCCUGGGAGCAGAGGAGCAGGACUGAGAUUGACACAUCCCUGCCAGCAGCACCACACUGGACUCUGUUCCUGCCCACUUGGAACUCCUGAGCUGCCUCGGCAGCACUGAGCACCAGUCCUACCCUUUCUUUCUCAGGGCAUCAUUGCACUGGAAAACUCUUUGCACAGAAUUAGCAUAGGCUGGGAUUUCUUUCCUGAUCGAGGCUGCUCCAGGGACAAACUGUGACUCCCAGUGCUUGGCCCUGCACAGACCUUGUCCCCCCAGCACCUCACACAGAGGAAGGGCAGCCAGGGCUGGCUGCAGGACAACAGAGGUUUAGAGUAAUUAUUAGAAGGAAAAAAAAAAAAAAAAAAGGAUGAGUAGGAAAUAGUGUUACCUCUCAUUAAAAGAAACCAGGGGUUUGCAAAUAAGGAACAUCCCAUUGCACAGUUCCUGAGGUUUUGUUAUUAACAACUGUUUUAUAUUUUUUAUUGAGCCAUUGUUAAACACCAGCAGGAGCAGGUGGGGGGGUUUAGUGGUUUCCUCUCUUGCAGCUGCCGCAUCACUGGUGCCACUUAGAGCCAAGUUUGUCUUUCUAAGGAAAAAAAAUUACUCAUUUCCAGCAGGUUAUUUAUUUGUGCUGGAGCAAACUGUGAAGGCCACAUGGCUGUGGGGUGUCAAGGAGGAAACAGCUGAUCAACAGCUUCAGGGAGGGAGGAAGGAUUUGUUCCAUUCCAGAGUAAAACGUGUCACCAUCCUC